GAAACGAAACAGACAUUGAUCGAAUUCAUCGACUUCAAGCCCGGUCAAGAAGCGCCCCCCAUGGGCCACGCAUGCCAUGCGCCAACACAAGUGUGCCCACAGAAGGGCCUGCCUGCCAAUAUACAGGCGCAUGAAUGGCCACGAGUCACCUCUACGCUGCGAGUCUGACUGAGACAGGAAGCGGCUGGUUGGCGAUCCUUCGCCUGACUUGGUGGCCCUGCGGCCUCCCCUCCCGCUCUGUGCUGUCCUCUUCGUCCCUCUCCCUCUCUCUCCUUUCCCUGGGGUGGUCCCUCUCCAUCUCUCUCUGCAGCUGCUGCAGCUGCUGUGGCUGCCCACUCUUGACGUGUCUCUCCGCCCUUUUUCUGUCUGCAGAGUGUCUGCGGCCCUCAUUGUAGCAGCUAAUGUUCCUCGGAUGCAGGUAGCUGUUAAGGUAGCGGACGCUCUCCACCCGAUCGCGCGCACGCAUGUCCUCGUGGGACCGAUACCAGUGCUCGAAGGGGAUGGGCCGACCGAACUCCGUGUACUGAUCGUUGCAAUAGCCACCCCGCAUCAUCGCCAUCUGCUCGUGGGGGUAAUAGUUGCCCCACCGUGCCGGCGGCGAGCAAGAGCGAGGGAUCGGCAGCAGACCGUCGCUCUUGUUGUCAUUUGUGCGGGGGUUGGAGGGGCUGGGGGGCCGGGAGGCUGAGGUGUGGGAGUGGACUCUUGGCGAGCAGCGCUUGAUGUACUUUGCACACUUCAUCCAGUCCUGCCACGUGUCCCUUGUGGAAAGGUCCAGCUUGGGAAGCGGCAUCUCCACAUUCAGCGAGUUAAUAAGGCUGAAAUCGGGCGACCCUGCAGCAGGGGAGUUUGCAGGCUUGGCCACAGCAGGAGACGGCUGAAGCCACAGACGGCAAGAAGACUACCAACACUUUGAGCGUGCCCUGGUGAGUUGUGUUACCGUCUCUCCGCUGUUGCUGCUGUCAAUGAUCUCAGUCGACGCCGUCUGGUUGCCCUUCGAUGUCUCCGUAUCCUCACUGGUCUGUCGGUCGUUCUCAGCAGGCAAUUGCUGCUGCUGCUGCUGCUGGUGGGAACUGUCACGACGACGCCGGGCGUCCAACGAAAACACUGGCAGCGUCUGAAGGCAACAACCACAGGCACAUUCCAUGCCGACUUGCCUUUACUUGAUCAUGUCUCUUGCCUGCAAACGGGCCAAGUCACCCUCUCCCUGCUGUGGGGGCAGGGAAAGCGGCUCGGCUUCCCGCUCCCAUCCCUCCGGACCCUGCGCACCACCAUCGAACGCCAUCAUCUCAUCAAACGACACUGGAGGCGGCGGGCAUGACGGCGGCGGCACAUUGACAGUCCCAGGCAGCGGCAACAAGCCCGGGGCCUCCCUGAUGCUGUGUGACGACCUUCUCCGCGGCCGAUGCUCAUGUGGGUGGAGGGGGGGAGACGGCGGGCGAUAGGAACACAGCAGUGGGGGCGGGGUGGGAGGGGGAAAGGGCAGGAUGGCGAUCGGCGGGCCAGGCACAGGUGGUGGACGGCAGUCGUCUUCGAAGAAAGGAGGCCGGAACGGCUCCACUGGUUGAGGCAAAAAGGAAGGCGGCACGCUAAUUGGCAUUGGCAUUGGCAUUGGCUCGAAUGUCUUCGGCGGCGGCUCAUCGGGCGGCGGGCCUCGAAAAUGCUCCGCCGCACGGACGGCAGCCAGGACAGCGUUAUCAAGGGCAAACUGGACUGUGGCGGGCUGCCACUGCUGCUCCUCCCACCAACGCGGAGGAAGCGAUGUGCGAAUGACAUUCCGCUUGUGUGCGCUGAAGAUGGCCUCCAGUGUGAAGCUGCACUCGUUGGAUGGCGCACUUAGGGGCGGAACAGAGGAGGGACACGCAGCAGAUGACUGCUGGUCGAGCGCCUCUGCCGAGUCACAGAAGGAAGGGUCGGGAACGGACGAAGGGCUGUUGUCGUUUUCGUGUCUUCGCUGGCAGAAGGCCUUCUGCUGCGCCUUUUGGAUCAUGUCCAUGGUGUCCUGAUCCAUGGUGCUGGUCUCCUCUUCCACCUGCUGCUGCUGCUGCUGCUGGUGGUGGUGGUCGUUCUCAGCAGGUACAUCCUCAGGGACGGACGAAGGAGCUGGCACACACGACAUGGGCAGGGCAUCAGGGUUCUGCUGCACCAUCUGCAGCGCAAAGAGGAAGAAGUCCAUCUGUUCGGGGGUCAGCUGGGCCAUCAGCUCGGCAGGCAUAGGAGGGACAGGGAAAGGGAGGGCGCCGUCAGGGAGAGGCUGCUGAUGCAUCGACAGGCCGCCACCGAGAGCGGGGGGAGGGUGGGGAGGAGGGGGCAUGAGAGGCAUCAACGGCUCCAUUGGCAUACACGCUGGGGCUGGAGACGACGGCUCGUUGGAUGUCGUUGAGGCUUCUUCGGGCGGCCCCAGUGCAGAGCAAGUUGGCGCAAAGUCGGCAGACUGCAUGACGCGUGACACUGUUGAUAGGGAAGCGGUCGUGACACGCCUUUGGACUGAAGAACAGCCACCAAUAGAGAGUCACUCCGGUAGAAGAACAGUGAAGCAAUGGCUGUGAAGCUCACCCAGCGAAGAGCUGGUGAGCGUCGUGGUCUAGCUCAUGUUCGGUGAAUCUUGCGGUCAAUGCAAUGGGGCUGCGGCACUCGGACAAGGAAAGAUAACUGCGGGCGGAACAGGCGUAAAGAAAC